GCUAGAGGGCAGCUGACGAUGGCAACGGACGAGUCCCCCGGCGAGGAACAUGUUGCGUUCAUGCAAUGGGCCAAGUCCCAAGGCGUGACGAUCAACGGCAUCACUCCAGCGCGUUUCCCCGGCCGACGCCUGGGCAUGAAAGCGACGCGGACGAUAGAAGAGAAUGAGGUCAUGCUCAGCGUGCCCGUAUCAGCAAUGCUGACCAUCGACUCCAUCCCCUCAUCAUUCGUGGAGCAAUUCCCCUCAUGCUCAUCCAUCCACUGCAUUCUCGCUGCAUUUCUCAGCCAUGGAGACGCCGCCUUACUCAAGGAGCUAGAGCCCUGGCGCAAGGUCUGGCCCAACUUCCGCGAGUUCGAGGACACCAUGCCCGUGCUCUGGCCGGAGCAUCUCCGCCGGUCCAAUUCCGCCUUCGAGAAAGCAGCAGGCGACAGCAGCAGCGAGUCUUCCUCGUCAGCAGCACCAUCAAGCCUUCUACCCCCCUCAAUCUCCGGACUCUGGAAUACCUUCCAGAAAGAACCAGUAGGCGUAGACUACGAAACCAGAUACCAGAACCUGCUGAGCCAGCAGGAGAACCGGCUGCAGGCCGCAUGGGCACAUGUGCGCACCGUCUACCCCGAGAUUGACUGGAGCACGUUCGUCUACUACUGGUUCAUCAUCAACUCGCGGAGCUUCUACUAUGUCUCGCCGGGCAAAGCGGAGCCGGCGGACUGGAACGAUGCUAUCGCCAUGGUCCCAUUUGCGGAUUACUUCAACCACGACGACGAUGCGGCAUGCGAAGUCAUCUGGACCGGCGAGAACUACCUCUUCAAAGCAACCCGACAAUACGACCAAAAGGAAGAAAUCUUCAUGAGUUACGGCUCCCACUCCAACGACUUCCUCUUCGUCGAAUAUGGCUUCUUCCUCCCCACCAACCCCUCAGAUAGCAUUUACCUCGACGAUAUCAUCUUCCAAGACCUCACCAUCGAGCAAAAGAAAGACCUCAUCGGGCAGGAUUUAUUUGGAAACUUCGAACUCACAUCCCCAACCUCAACCAUCCCCAGAAACAUCCAAGCAGCAGCCGCCCUGAAAACCAUGAGCCGCCGCGACUGGAAACUCUGGAUCACGGGGCGCUCGCGGCGGGGGUUCUCGGGCGAACAGGCCACGGAGGUGGUUCGGGGGUGGAUCGAGGUGUAUCGGAGGGAGUGUGAGGUGGUGAUCGGGCGGAUUGAGGAGGUGAUGGUAGCCCGAGAUGAUUUGCGGGGCUGCGUGGGGGAGGGAGGUGAAAGUUGGGAGCGGGGUAGACUUGAGAUGUUGCUGGAGAGGUGGAAGCAGCUUCGGGGGUUGUGUGAGGUGGCAUUGGGGAUGGUUGGGGUAGGAAGAGAGGAGUAG